AUGCCCCCGUUACCAUUUCCAUUCGCUCUCAACAUCGGAACCGACGUGGUCCAUCUCCCACGCAUCCUCCGUUUACUCCGCCAUCGCGGCGCAAGAAGCCAGGAAAACUACCUCGACAAAUUCACACGCCGCAUCCUAUGCCCCCAGGAGCAGCAAGAUUUCCACGCCCGGUUCAGCAGCGCAGGCGAUGGGCCGCCGCUGCCUCCAGUGGUAACGUCCGACAUGGCGCGCUGGCUGGCUGGACGGUUUGCCGCAAAAGAGGCUGCGCGCAAGGCUGCGCCUGGCGGUGCUGCAUCUAUUGGAUGGAAGGAUGUUUUGAUCAGAGCAGCGCCGUCGACAGCAGCUGGUAGUGGGAGGCCAGAGGUGGUCUUUUUGGGCGCUGAAAGUCGCAUUGGGAAGUUGUCCAUCUCGCAUGAUGGGGACUAUGUGGUGGCUACGGUGCUUGCAGCUGGGGACAACUAA